UCAGCCAGGUGACGGUCACACUAUUAAGCCGGUGGUUGCGCGCGACAUAGUCCCGCUUAAAUAAAUUCAGUCAACGAGUUAUUGAUUCGAAAAAGUGCUGCUAUUCAAACAUGGUGAAUAAUUUUCUAUGGUGGAAACAACUUUGCUACCCCAAACGUCAGUUUGCCAACUCGACAAUUUUUAACUCCUACUCAACAUAACAAGAAACUUAUUAGUAAUAACAACACACAACAACACUAUUAUCCACUUACUCAACAACAUCAACAACUGUCGUUUAAUUCCAACAAUUGCUAGAGGAGAGCCAUCCGAGGAUUAAAUGAAUGCAAGUGGAGUUGAUGUUGUGCCUGUAAACGAUAGCAGCAACAAUAACAGCAGGGAUUCGUCAGGGCGAGGAGGUUUUUAAUUUACGAGUCUAUUUCUUUUGUGUGUUUGUUUAGUCCGCGUUUAAUUGUACAUCUUUUUUACUUAUUUUUUUUUUACUUAUUGCAUACUUUUGCGGCAGAGCUGGUCCUCAGCUUUUGAAGUGAAAGAGCGGAGAUCGCUUUAUUCAGGGAAAUAAUUAAUUAAGUCACCCAGGCUUCGCACCGUGCGAGUUCCAAGCGGCGACAAUGAAGUUUAAGCGCAAAUAUGGCUGUUUAGAGAAUAUUUGAAACGAAUUUCUCACUUAUUAACCAAUUUGAAUUUUUUGUUUCGACCCUCAUUUGUUACUCGUAGUCUUGUAUUUUAUAAGUUUUGAACGAUUGUUUUGCACAAUUUAAGUCAUUUACAAAACCACAUCACAGUUAAAUUCGCAAAUACCCCCCACACACAAACAAUACAUAAAGAUUUUGAGUUUCGGUUUUAAAGAAGAAGAGGAAAAGGCAGGGAUAGUACUCAGUAUUUAGUUAGAGUUGAAGAGUUUAGAGGCUUGGACAGGAGACACAGAGAAAGAUAGAGAGUUUUGAAUUACAUUUAACACCAAGCAACGUAACAACAUCACAAACGGCAACAUGGAGAGCUUUUCGCCGGAUCUAUUAUGGAUGGUGGUCAUCGGCUUUAUGAUCGCGUUCAUUCUGGCCUUCGGUAUCGGUGCCAACGACGUGGCCAAUUCCUUUGGCACCAGUGUCGGCUCCGGGGUCCUUACCAUCCGUCAGGCCUGUGUUCUGGCCACCAUAUGCGAGAUAUCGGGGGCAGUUCUGAUUGGCUACAAGGUGUCAGACACCAUGCGCAAAGGAAUCCUGGAAGUAGGCUUGUACGAGGGCGCCGAGGAGGUGCUAAUGCUGGGAUGCGUCUCUGCUUUAGCCAGCAGUGCCGUGUGGCUGCUGGUUGCUACCUUCUUAAAGCUGCCCAUUUCGGGUACGCACAGCAUCGUGGGCUCCACAAUCGGCUUCUCACUGGUGGCGCGUGGCGUCCAGGGUCUGAAAUGGUCCACGCUGGGUACGAUCGUUGGUUCUUGGUUCAUCUCGCCAGUGAUGAGUGGUAUUGUGAGCAUCCUUCUUUUCCUGGCCAUAAGACGCUUCAUUCUGCGCGCCCAAGAGCCGCUGAAGGCGGGCUUCCGUUCCUUGCCCAUUUUCUACGGCGUGACGUUCUUUAUCAAUGUGAUAAGCGUAGUGCUAGACGGACCUAAGCUGCUCUACAUGGACAACAUCCCAACUUGGAUAGCGGUGGUUGUCAGCCUUGGUCUUUCGUUGCUGGUAGCUCUGCUCACGCAGAUUGUGAUCGUUCCGCUACAGCGCCGUAAGAUCGCCAAACGAUUGCGCGCCGAGAAUCCGGUCAAGUUUAACUUCGAGGACUCUGUCGAAUCAUCGCCUUCGGGCAGUCCCAAGAAGCAGCGCCGACCCCUCUCGUUGGUCAGCGAGGGUAAGCCCUUGCCAGCCAUUGCAGAGAUCACGGAGCUGGUCUCGCUAAGCGAUAACUCGCCCAAGACCUUUAAGCUGGCUCCCUACGGCCUGGCCGCCAAGAACAACAAUGCGCUCGGCGAGGAGUACAAGAUCGACCCGCAGUUGAUCAAGAAGGCUGAGGAUCUUUUGGGCAAGGCCAGCCUGGACAACACCGACCUGACCAUCACUAGUCUGAACUUCAUAGACGAGCAGCAGCAGCAGCAACACCAGCAGCAGAUGAACGGACGCAAGUUGCAGGAGUGCUUUAAGCGGGUACAAUCGCCCAAAGAGGAGCCAAAGCACAAGGGAAACGUAGGCGGUAUGGAUGUGGGAGUUGGUGCUGGUGCCAAGGCCACCAACAACAAUCUGCAAGUGGUGGAGAGCGGCGGCAGCCUGGACUUGAUGAUCAGUUCCACACUAUCGCCCAAUUCAAGCAAGGUGCCGCUUAUCGAGAGCAAGGAGGCCCUGAAUGAGCAAGAGGACGAAUUUAAGCGAGCGGCGGCUGCGGACGGACGAAGGACUAGCAGCGGCGAGGAGACCCAGGAGAUCUCAAUGCUUUUCUCGUUCCUCCAGAUCCUGACGGCCACCUUUGGAAGCUUCGCGCACGGCGGCAAUGAUGUGAGCAAUGCCAUAGGCCCACUUAUUGCCCUGUACAUGAUCUAUCGCGAGGGCUCAGUUAUGCAGCGGGCGGAAAGUCCCAUCUACAUACUUAUUUACGGCGGUAUCGGCAUCUCCGUGGGUCUCUGGCUCUGGGGAAGGCGUGUCAUCGAGACCAUUGGCAAUGACCUCACCAAAAUUACUUCAUCGACUGGCUUCACUAUUGAAAUUGGAGCUGCCAUUACCGUACUGCUGGCCAGCAAAAUUGGCUUGCCCAUUUCGACCACUCACUGCAAGGUCGGUUCGGUGGUUUUCGUGGGUCACGUAAGUGCAGCGGGUCGCAAGAAAGGAAAGCCGAAUGAACAGGAUCAGAUGCAACAGCCCGGACUGGAGAAGGAGACGCAGGAGGCACAGGACCAUCCAACUGCUACGCCCAUGGAAGAUGGAAGUGUCGACUGGCACUUGUUCCGUAAUAUUGCCUAUGCCUGGAUUGUGACAGUACCGGUUACGGCUCUGCUUAGCGCCGGAAUGAUGUAUGUGCUCUGUGCCAUUGCUGUUGACGAUAUGGGCCAGGCCUAGAGGGGAGAUCGAGGAUGCGGUCAGAGCGUGCCAUUCAAUUAUUAAUUGUAGUUGCAAAACUAAAGUAACGUUUCGUAAUUGUACAAGUUGGAAAACACAAAGCUUAAGAUUAAACACGCAAGAGAAACAACACACAAGGAAAAGUGAAAAGUCUUAACAAAAUUACUAAACUCGCGUAACUAAAACAUUGUGUUUAGGUCAUAGAACUUCUCUGAACCUAACUGAUAUUAUUAUUAUUUAAUAUGUAAUGCCGUGAUUUGAUUUUAUAGUUUACCCGUCGAAUUUUUUUCGCAUCCCAACUCCACUCAAGAUUUUGUAGACCUGGUCCGAACCCACUCAAUAUAUUUUAUAAUUGCAAUUAUAUCCAUUAAUAGAGCAGAGCAAAACACUUGAAUAAAAUACAAACUAUGUACAACAA